AUGUGUCACCACGAAGCUGAAGUCGCAGAGAACGGAUGGACCAGUACACCCGCCAAUGCUGGUGCCAUCUUUGGUGACCGGCCGUUCAUUAAUGAGCCGGGGCCGCUUUCGAUCGAUGAAAUUCAAUUUCCACAUCAAGAUCCCGUUGUGACCAAGACCUUGGGCUAUGCUAUGAGUGUCCUCCAUGCUGAAACCUUUAACCACUCGAUGAGGGUCUACUAUUACGGCAUUGCAAUCACCAAGCAGCAGUUCCCUCAGUAUGCUGCCACCCUCAACUCGUCCACUUGGGCUUUGACCUGCCUACUGCAUGACCUCGGUACCGCAGAGAACAACCUCACCGCCACCCGGAUGUCUUUUGAUAUCUAUGGAGGUAUCAAAGCCUUGGACAUUCUCAAAAGGUUUGGGGCAACCUCGGAUCAAGCCGAAGCUGCCGCCGAGGCUAUCAUUCGUCACGAGGACAUGGGGAUUGAUGGCACAAUCACCUAUAUUGGCCAGUUGAUUCAACUUGCCACUACCUACGACAACACAGGUUUCCACCCUCAUGUCAAAGAUUUCGGGAAGAUAAUUCACGAUGUCACACGCGCGGAGAUCAACGAGGCGCACCCUCGCUUGGAGUGGUGCACUUUCUUCUCGAACACCAUCCAGAAAGAGGAGACCAUCAAGCCGUGGUGUCAUUCGACCCAUCUGGUCAACUUUAGCAAGGAAAUCAAGGCGAACACUCUCAUGAGGCAGUGGGAGUAA